AUGAAGGAAAUUACAAAAAGAACACUUAUAUUGGAAGAAUCUGUCGGAAAUUUCAAAAAAGGGAAUCAGUAUUUGUCUGAAAGAGUUCUUUUUACUUUAAGUGCUUUCUUUCCAAUGAACAGAUUUUUAAUUUUGGUAUUUAAUGGGGGAGGGGAUAUAGCUUAUCGUGCUGACCAUUCUGAAUCUGUGGAAUAUUCAAAUAAAAAUGUUGUUAUUUAUAUAACUAUAGCUGGUAAUAGUUUUUUGGGAAGUAGAGAUUGUUAUGGAAAUAUUACAAAUGAAUUUAGAAGUUGUUAUCCACAAACGAGUAAUUUACUUAUCCGAAUAGGAGAUGUAUGUGGACAAGAAGGUGGAUAUAAUUCUGAAUCUGUAGGUCUUCGCGCAGUUGUUAAAAAUAUUGAAUUUGGGGUUGCAAGUUCCCUCCCUUCUUAUGCCUUAAAAGAUGAAUUAUUUAAUUGUGAUAAUUCGACGGCUAAACGUUGGCGUGUUGUAAUUGCGCUUUUUCAAGACUAUUCAGCAGCUCAAACAAAAUUUUUAGAAAAUUAUGUUAGCAAUUUUACAAGAAUAAAAUCAAUGGCAAAUGGAAUGUUUAUAACUUGUAAAAAUAACUCUUUAUUAUUUGCUUCUGAACAAAAUUCUGAAGAAAUUUGGGAAGAGUUUUUAAUCCAAUCAAAUAAUGACGGCACAGUUUCAUUUAAAUCAAGAGUAAAUCAAAAAUUUGUUUCUGUUGACUUAAAAAAUGGAGGAAUUUUGAUUUUGGGAGGCGAUAUAGUUAAAAAUGAACAAAAAUUUAUUUUUGAAAGGAAAGGAAAUGAAGAAGAAUAUACAAUUAAAUCUAAACUUAAUGAAAAGUUUGUAAGUGUGAAACUAGACAAGAAUGGAAUUUUAAUGGCAGACAUGGAUAAUGUUACUGGAUUAAAUGAAAUAUUUGAAUUUAAUACUUUUAUAUCUGAAAUAGAAAAGAAUGAAUUAUUAAGGUGCUUAAAUUUAAAUACGGAGAGAACUAUUUAUAAGAUACAUCCAAUACUACUAGACCCCAGUUUAAGUUUCAUUUUAAAGUUUGAUCGCAGUAAUUUUUUAAUACCCGACUUACGAGCUCUUUCAAAUCAUCUAAAUAUAAAUCCUUGA